AUGGACUUCCAUGAUCUGAAGCAAUGGGAACCCCAGAAUGAGUCAGAUCAUUCACCCUCUGCAAAGACACCGAAACUCUUUGAACCCCAUCAGGAGCCAUCAGAGUUUGCUCUUCCAUUGUUUAUAGCUGACCCUAAUAACAGCAGGAUCAGCAACCUGUCAGUGUUUUCAGAUUCUUCAUCUACAAGCACCAGAUUUCCCAGAAUGGGAAGUUUCUUCAGCUUGGAUCAGUGGCGAGAGCUUGAACUUCAAGCUUUGAUCUUCAAGUAUAUGCUUGCUGGAGUUGCUGUUCCUCCUGAACUUCUUGAUCUCAUCAAUAAAAGUCUUCUCAGUUGUAUAUCUCGUUCUCCCCAUCACCAGUAUCAUCAGUGUCAGCAUUAUCGAACACCUAUGUUGCAGUUGGGGUAUUGGGGAAGAAGUAUGGUAGACCCAGAGCCCGGGAGAUGCAGAAGAACAGAUGGGAAGAAGUGGAGGUGCUCGAGGGACGUAGCGACUGGCCACAAGUACUGCGAGCGCCACAUGCACCGAGGCCGAAACCGUUCAAGAAAGCCUGUGGAAAUCCCCACACACAACGCUCCCGGUGGUGGCGGCCUGAGUCUCACGCCGAUGGCAGAUUCGUCCUUAACAACGGUGGCUAGUGGAAACCAUUUUGACCUUUCUGUGCCCUCACCCUCCAUUGAUCUUUUUCAUCUCAACCAGAGAUCCUCCGAGUGUAAAGCAGGAAAUGGGGAGCUUGGUCUUGAGAGCUUUGGUGCUUCAGGGGGAGAAGGGAGACAAGUUGGGCGAGGAGUCCUCCGUCACUUCUUCGAUGACUGGCCCAGACUCCAUAAUCAUCACCACCAACAUCAAGAGCAGCAGCCCUGUGCCGGCCCAUCAGCAACCAUUUCGACCACCAGUCUAUCUAUCGCAAUUUCUGGGAAUGAGAUUGCUCCCUCCUCUGAUUUCUCCUUGAAACUGUCGACAGGGAAUGGAGACGAAGUGGGUUCUGAAAUAGGAGUUGCAGGGGAGAGCCUACAACGACGACAGCAAAUAGUGAAUAGCAACAACAAUUGGUCAAUGGGAUGGAGGGGCUACCCUGUGGCUUCCAUGGGGGGUCCUCUGGCUGAGGCGCUGAGAUCUUCCACCUCCAAUACUUCCCCCACCAGUGUCCUGCAUGAGCUGCCUCGUGGUUCUGUGUCGGAGGCCAGUAGUGUUAGCACCUGAAAGUGU